CCGUACGACGCAGCCCGCGGAGGUCCUCCGGGAGUGCCGGCAGAGCAGAGGUGUAUGAGGCUCUUUGCGCAACCAAACAGACCAGACUUUCCUAAACGACUGGGCCUUCUAGGUUAAGGCUCGUGCAGCGCCCGCGCCAUCGAGCGUCAUCAGCAGCAUCAUCAUUAUUAUCGGCGCACUGCUUGUGUGCUUGCCGGGCCCGUGUGUCCGCGAGAGGCGGUGGUCGUAUAGGAAAUAAUAUCUCCUGCACGCCGCUGCUGCUGCUGCCGCCGCUGCACUGCACCGCGCCCGCCCACGACAUUGCCCGCCAACGGCAACCCGGCUCCGGCCAGCUUUCACCACAUGAGCGUCAGCCGCGAACACUUUUGAUUCUCCGGUCUGCCCAGCAGUUGCUGAGCUCGACCCCAGGGAAAAUUACGCGUCGACGCAGUGAUAGCAGCAGUGAUCGCCGAGCGUGACGAAAGACCCAGCGCAUCCCCCAUUCACGACGGCCUCGCCCUCUAUAAACUGCCGCUGUCCCACUGCGGCUGCCGAUUGCGCGGCUUUGUGUGCACAAAGACCCGGCGUGCAGGUUGAGAGCGUGGUACAACAUGCCUCGCAACAGAGUUUUGUCCUUCAUGUCCCAGUGGGGCGGAGGACCGCGAUCGCCAACGACCGAGGACGUCAAAGAGGCGCCGCCCAGACAAAAGUCAACGCCUCCGCCGCGCGAUCCUUCACAGAGCGAGAAGCUGCGCAAGCUGAACACCGACAUUGACACCCCACAAUCCAUCCGCGGCUACAGGGCAGAUGCUCUGGGCCAGGCGUCACCACACUCGCCGAGCACGCAGUCACGAGCAAGAGCAGAGUCCAGGGCGAACACGCGUCCGAACAGCAUGAUCCAGACAUACAAUCCGCCGCAGAUGGAGCUGGCGACCGACACGCCGCCCGAGCUGGCGCCCAUCUUCAGCUAUCUGAACAGCCACAGCAAUAAGUCGUACCAGGAGGGCUAUUUCUUGAAGCUGCACGAUCUGGACUCCAGCGGCCGGCCGAGUCGCGACCGUACGUGGACCGAGUGCUUUGCGCAAUUAGUGGGCACGGUCCUGUCUCUCUGGGACGCGGCUGCCCUGGACGCAGCCGGCGAGGACGGCGAGGUUGUGCCGACUUUCAUCAACUUGAGCGAUGCGUCAAUCAAAAUGAUUGAGUCCCUUCCUAUGAAUGGUGCCGCCGGAGGCAGCCUGCAGAACGUCCUCUCGGUAUCGACUGCGGCCAAUAAUCGCUACCUACUGCAUUUCAACUCCCUGAAUUCUCUCACACAAUGGACUGCGGGCAUUCGUCUGGCCAUGUUCGAGCAUUCCACGCUCCAGGAAGCUUACACGGGAUCUUUGAUCGCCGGAAAAGGUAGAUAUCUGAAUGGCAUCAAGCAGAUAAUGGAACGCACUAGGUUUGCCUACGACGACUGGGCGCGUGUUCGCUUUGGAGCUGGCACCCCCUGGCGACGAUGCUGGUGCGUCAUUUCCCCGCCAGACGAGAAGGAAUGGCAGAAGUCGCAAAAGUCGUUGAAGAAAGGCAGUGCAUACACUCGACCCCAGCUACCGAAAGGCGACAUUAAAUUCUACGACACGAGAAAGGUGACAAAGAAGACGAAACCAAUCGCCACCAUCAGCGAUGCGUACGCUGCAUAUGCCAUUUAUCCACAAUCGAAACCACUGGUCGAGCAGUCAACACUUGUGAAGCUGGAAGGCCUCGUUACAAUUCAUGGCGGACAAGAGACUACGACCGAAGGCUUCGUGUUCGUGAUGCCAGAAGUUCACGCCGCCGUUAGCGGCUUCGAAAUGAUGCUCAGGUGGUUAUUCCCGGUCUACGAUACGUUUGGCCUCUACGGCAGACCUACCCGACUCAUCGCAGACACACUUGAUGCCAGAGGCUUGAUGUUCGCUAUGCCCAAAGACCGCAGAUACGGCUAUCUGGACAUUCUAGAUGUCUCUGGGCUCAUACACGAGAAAGGAAGCCAGAACUGGAGUGAACGACAGUGGCGCAAAGAGUUGAGGAAGCUCACCUCCGUUCGGAUGACCACAGCGUUGGAGAAUGGCGAUCGUGGUGUAGGCUCAAGGCGCAACACAAUGAGCCGGAACUCGCUUCCUCCAUCCAAGAAUGGCGUUCAGCUCCAACACGCAGCGAUACACUCCACGCCAGGGUCGCGUUCAGCUUCUCCACACAAAGUGGCUCCUGGAAACGUGCGGCCCCCAAGUCGCACGGAUUCUGCCCCUCCUACAGCUUUCAGCAACAGUCCGCACAAACGAUCAGUGUCUGACGCGCCUGGCUACCGCAGACAUAUGGCCGAGACUCCAUCACGACUCUCGUACGAACAGAAUAUGCGAGACGAUGAUCAGCCGCCAGCUCCGCCCCGACACGGAGGUGUACUCGGCUCGAAUGGCACGCAAUCACCAAGCCCGAUUGAGCGUGUGCAUUCCGAUGAUAGAUUGUCCACGAACUCGCCGUAUGAGGAAGUGGCAGCAGCAGCAUCUCCAUAUCUACCGCCACCGGAGCCCGUUGUGUCACCUCCCGAAAUGCAACACAACCCUCACAGUCGUCCAGCAGCUCAGCCGCAUGUGACACCAGAGCUCCGCCGUGCUCACUCCAACGUGGACGAAGACACUCUUCAGCAGAUGCAAGACGCCGUGCGCAAUGUGCAGCAAGAGGGUUAUGCAAUGCCUCAGAGCAAUGAGCAGACACUUGCUUAUCGUGAGCAGCAGUACUUGCCUGUCGAAAGAUUACACGGAUAUUCUGGCCAUGGUGCAUAUCGAGGUGAAGAGACUCGUUUGGAGUCCAUACCAGGCUCACCUUACCACGCCGUCAGUGGCGAAUACUUUGACGCCAACGAAAGACCCAACAUCGAUGAGCUGGCUGCUAGAUCGGAGCAGCGGCCAGAGCUGGCGCACAAUCGCUCUUCCCAAAGCAUCUCCCGCAAGCCGCUGCCGAACAGGCAGCUGCCACAAGUUCCGCAAGACGGACAAUCCUCUGCUCGCAGUGGACAACAGGUGCGUGAUGAUGUGGAGACUCCCGCUUCUCCCCCGAGCCCUGCGGGGAGUUUCAUUGUCGACCCGACUUUUGUUGACGAGGAUCUGAUAGCACGCGUAUUAAAUGACGACAGUGAGCGAACUAACACGAUCGCCUCAACGGAAACGCCAGACUACGCAAGUUCUGGUCGCUCUUCUCUCGAAGAGCAGAAGAGGAAAGAGCAGCAAGAGAAGAAGGCAUUUGAACGACGAGGCAAGCUGAAGACAGUUGGCGAUCCCACUAUGAGCUCCGUACCCGAACGAGCGUAUGGAUCUGGCAAGUUGGAUACUUGGGACAAGGACAAAGAAGAGCAGAGCUCCGAGAUACCCACGAUCGAAUUCGGACCCACUUAUACAUAUAAAGUGCAUAGCAGACCAAGCACAAGCGGGACCAUGACACCAGGCGAGAUGGGCAAACACCAGCGUUCGAAGUCUCGUGAUCGUCUGCGCGAGAGCUCUGGCUCGCGAAUGAGCAGCUACUUUGACGCUCCCGAAGGAAGUCCUGCUGAAAAAAGACGUUCAUCCUACUUUGCAGGUGCAAGGACUCCAACACCUACCGGUAUUGAAGCUCAGGAGACUGUAGAACCUUCCAACAAGCGAUCAAGCAUGGCAUGGGCACCGGGUGUUGCAUCGGCAGGCAGUCCGUCAUCGGGAUUGACGCCAGAACAAUUUGUCCAGCUCAAAUUUGAACAAUCUCAGCGCCCUCAGUACGCGCCGCAACCUCAAUACGCUCAACGCACCAAGUCGCUCGUCCCUCCAAUCGCCCACAGCCGUAAUUUCUCUACAAACGAUCUGCCUCAGAUGCGAAGGUCGAUGGCUAAGACCCCACCACCAUUCCAGCGCUCGAUUUCUGGCGACUGGACAAUGCAAAGGGCAGAGUCGCCGCAAACUCCACCCAGUCGGCCACACUCGCGAAACCUCUUGAGACGCUCAAGUGGUGCUACCCUACUCAACAGCACGCAAGCCGUCACUUUGAGCGCCAAAGAACGAACCCAGGUUUCUCGCAUGACUGGGGCGCCACUCGUCAGCAUGGCAGCCAACGAGGACAAGAGAAAGAAAUUCGACAUGCCCAACGCUGGCCUCAUCGGUGCUCUGGCAGACCGCGAAAGAGAUCGAGCGAAUGUCGAUAGAUACAGGAGCGGUGCCGUUCAAGGCGCGGUCGCGAUGACGAUUCAGCAGCAAGCGGAAGCCCAACAAGCAGCAUUGCUUGCACAACAAGAGAGACAACAUGCAGCCCAGAUGGCUGCUCAGAAGGCAGCACAGACCGCACAGUUCAAUCAGAUGGCUCACGAACGCGCACAGAGGAUGUUGGCGCCACAACAAAGGUCAUCAAUGUAUCUGCCGCAACAGACUGGUCAAGUGCAGCAAAUGGCACCUCAGAUGCAGCACAGACAGUCUUGGGCACCGGAUAUGUUGCAGCAGCAACUCCUACAGCAGCAAAUGCAGAUCCAGCAGAUGCAGCAAAUGCAGCAGCAGCAAGGUUAUGGCAUGGGCCAGCAAUCCCAGGCCAGCGUGUACGGAGGCCAGUAUGUACAGCAGCCGAGUUUUGGGCAGCAACAGCCGAUGUACGGACAGCAGCAGCAGCAGCAGCAGCAGCAGCAGCAGUACUACCAGCCGAGGAGGUGAUCCAUCAACUGGGUAUUGAUGAUUCGGAUUUGGUGACGAGAAGCACAGAUCGCGGCCAUGGUUGCAGCAUUUAUAAACGACAUAUGACCGCUCUUCAUACAGAUAUCACAGUGCGUUCCGUAUAACGGAUGUUCUCUUAUAGCAUUAAAGCGGCCAAUGCGGGUGCAUAGGAAACCAGAAUGCAAUGAAGUCAGUGAAACAAUCUGGCAGAUAGAUGAAUAUGAAUAGAAACGAUUCGGAACAUUGGAAUUACGCCUCUGUCGUGAGGGAGAAUGAGCAAGUUGGCGCCUGUGAGUGGUCCACAUGUCCA